AUAACUUCAGACACUGUGUUGAGUUUACAACUAUAAGAAACAUUAAAUAAACUUUCAUAGAAUUUGCAUAAAAAUAUUUUCUUUUUAUUUUCUGUUUUUUUAUAACUAGAGAAUGGACAGUACAACUAAACCUUACAGCUUUCUAUCUUUUCUCUCACCUGGUUUUUCAGAUAAUAAUUGGGAAGAUGACAAGGAAGGGAAGGAAUUGAGAGGACUGAUUCAAGAUCAUUUGGAGGAGAGAAUACGUCCAUACAUUAAUCUUAUUGACACUCUGCGAUCAGUUGGCAUUCAGAAUGAUCUGGCCCUGCCAACUAUUGUAGUAAUUGGAGACCAAAGUUCUGGAAAAAGUUCUGUGUUGGAAGCACUGUCUGGUGUUGCCCUUCCUAGAGGGACUGGAAUUGUGACUAGAUGUCCACUAGAACUGAAGUUACGGAAGGUAAGGAGUGGAAUUAGCUGGAAGGCAUCGUUAUCUUACCGUGACAAGAAUGUUGAAAUCAAGAAUCCCUUAUCAGUUGAACAGCUCAUUGCAGAUGCUCAAAAUGAACUGGCAGGGAAAGGGGUUGGAAUCUGUGAUGAGCUCAUUACUUUAGAGAUUAUGUCACAAAAUGUGUGUGACCUCACGCUGAUUGAUUUACCUGGAAUAGCAAGAGUCCCAGUAAAAGGACAGCCAGAAGAUAUUGGAAAUCAGAUUAAACGUCUUAUCUUCAAAUUUAUUGAGAAGAGUGAAACUGUAAACAUGGUGGUCGUCCCUUGUAACAUCGAUAUUGCAACAACAGAAGCACUAAAAAUGGCACAAGAAGUGGAUCCUGAUGGUAAAAGAACUUUAGCAAUUUUGACCAAGCCGGAUCUCAUAGACAAGGGCACAGAGCAAAACAUUCUGGCAAUUGUCCAGAACAAAGUUAUCCCUCUCAGCAAAGGUUACAUCAUGGUGAAGUGUAGAGGCCAAAAGCAAAUUGAUGAGAAAAUGUCUCUGGAGAAGGCCACACAAAUGGAGACAGACUUCUUCAAAAAUCAUGAGGUUUUCAGUUGCCUACUAAAUGAGGACAAAGCUACAAUUAAAUGUCUUGGAACCAAACUCUCCCAGUAUCUUGUUGAUCAUAUCAAAAAAUCACUGCCACUGCUCUCUGAAAAAAUAAAGAAGCAGUUGUGGGAGCUGAGGGGUGAGCUCAAAGAGUAUGAAGUUGGACCACCCCUUGAACCUCAGGAAACAAGAGCCUUUCUAAUUACAAUGUUAAUGGGAUUCAAUGAGACGAUCAAGGACUUGUCAUUUGGAGAGCUGAUCAGUGAGGAUAACCUGUUUGUCCAGCUUCGAGCUGAAUUUGAGAAGUGGAAUGAUCAUCUUAUCUCUACUGUGGAUUUCUUUCAAAAGACAAUUGCAGAGUUUAAGGUGCACAGACAGAAAUUCAGAGGAUGUGAAUUGCUGGGCUUCAGCAACUACAAAGUGUUUCAGAUGAUUUUGCAGAAACAUUUAAAAAAUCUCAAGAGGCCUUCUAUAGAGACACUCGAUGUCAUAAAAGAAACCAUCCACAAGCAGUUUGCUGAUGUGGCUCAUCAGUGGUUCCAGAAGUACCCUUUCCUUCUAAAUGUCACUUUGAACAAAAUUGACAACAUUCAUUUAAAGCAGCAAGCCAAAGCAGAGCAAAGGAUCUUGGAGCAGUUUGAAAUGGAGAACAUGAUCUAUACUCAAGAUGCUAUCUACUUGAAGUUCUUGAAUGAAAUUUGCCAAGCUGAUGAUGAUGAGAAAUUUUCAAAAGAAAACCUUCCUGGCUUUGAUAAAAAAUUAAUGUAUACUGAAAUGCUUCAGGCUUAUUAUCAGAUCGUGGUGCAGCGGAUGGCUGACCAGUUGCCCAUGAUGAUGCUCUAUUUCAUGCUGAAGGAGACGGCUCGCCUCCUGUGCACUGAGAUGCUGAGUUUAAUGGAUGGUGCACAAGUGAAUGAGAUCCUGUGUGAGGACUCUGAUGUCAGUAGAAAGCGCAUCGAAAUACAGACACGUCUGGAUCGUUUAAAUAUCGCUCAGGAAAAAAUUUGUAAUUUUGUUUGA